AUGGCUAAAGUAUUCUGCGAAAAUGGAAAAACGAACCUUUACAAGUACACCCCAUCCCUCGUAGCUGCGAUUCUCUUCACAUCUAUUUUCGUCGCCUUGACCGCGGCGCACUUGUUUCGAAUGAUCAGAUCGAAACAAUGGUUCAUGACCGCGUUCAUAGUUGGCGGUGUGUUUGAAAUUAUCGGCUUCAUCAUCCGAAUCGCGGGACACAAUGACCCUUGCCUCAAAAUUGUCUACAUACUACAAUAUGUUUUAAUACUUCUGGCUCCGUCAAUCUUCUCGGCCACUAUUUAUAUGAUUUUGGGACGAACGAUCCGGGCUGUCCAAGGCGACGGCCUGUCUCUGAUCUGCCCGGCAAGGUUGACCAAGAUAUUCGUGGCAGGGGAUGUACUCUGUUUCUCAGUCCAAGGCGCAGGCGGAGGCAUUCUCUCUGGUGCCGACAACGAUAAGUCAAAAAGUGACUUAGGCAAAUACGUCAUUCUGGGUGGUCUAAUCCUUCAGAUCAUCCUGUUUGGUAUAUUCGUCAUUAUUGCUCUCGUCUUCCAUUUGCGCCUCCGCAAAAACCCUACGAAGAGUUCACAUCGUUCAACAAUACACUGGGCAACUAUGCUCUACGUCCUUUACGGUGUGAGUCUUCUCAUCAUGGUUCGAAAUAUUUUUCGUGUCAUUGAGUAUGCUGGCGGUCGUGAAGGCUAUCUGCUCUCACACGAAUGGACACUCUAUGUUUUCGACGCGGUAUUAAUGGCUCAUGUCAUGGGAAUACUGCUGUGGUGGUUCCCCAGCUUGAUCAGACCACGAGAGGUCUAUUCCCUAGACAACCUUGAGACGCACCCAGUUGUGAGUGGUAUUAAUGAUCAACAAUACAGAAGCAUAUCGACUCAGUCUCCUCCCCCGCCCCCCUUGUGCCAUUGA